AUGUCGGACCUUCGUGAUUUGAAUAACAAUGACUUUUCGGAAGUUACUAAGAAGGAUCUUGAGUGGACUUUGGCUCCAGGUUCUUCCACAGAAACUCAAACAUUCUAUUUGGCUACCAACGAGGGACAUUUUGCUUUUGUCCAAAUGAUUCAUUCGAAUAUUGGUUUAUGGAAACCUACAAUCCAAUUUACCACUCGUUUCUAUGGUGGUGGAAUAAAUACCUUUAAAUCUGUCAAUAUGUCCAAUUUCAAACUUUCAAAGGAUCGCUUAUCAGCCGAAGCCGAAAAUAUGUCAAUUAAACUCAAUCCGGAAUGUAAUAAAUAUAAAGUAAUUUUAAAACAUGAUAAAGAUUUGUUUAUUGAUUUUGAAUUUGAACAAGUCGAUCGUGGUUUUCAAAAGAAAAAUGGCGGCAAGACUUAUUUUGGUAAAAAAGAAUCAGAGUAUGUUCAACAUAAAUUUUGGCCAAAGGGAAUUGUUAAAGGAAAUAUAACGGUUGAUGGAAAGACGUUCGAUAUCUCCGGAGUUGGAUUAUUUGUGCAUGCUGUUCAAGGAAUGCGCCCACAUUUAAUCGCUUCGCGUUGGAAUUUCGUUAAUUUCCAAUCCAAUGAUGAUAAAGAUGUUUCACUAUCAUUGUGCGAGUUUGAGACGACUCCACAUUACAGAAGUAAAAAAUCUAAUCAAGGAGGUUUGAUUGUAAAUAACAAGCUGGUGGGAGUUACCGAUGACAACGUGACAAAUUUCUUGGAAACAUAUUUAGAUCCUAAAACAGGAUAUCACGUUCCCUCAAAGAUCAGAUAUACUUGGAAAGGAAAAACUUUGGAGAAAAGUGAAGAUUUCUCGGCUUAUAUAGAGAUUAAGCUAGACACUCCUAUGGAUAGAAUUGAUGUUUUGAACGAGAUUCCCUAUGUUUUGAAAAAAAUUGUGCAAGCCUUUGUCGCGAAACCUUUUGUCUAUCAAUGGUUUAACGAAGCCGACGCGCAUAUCAAAAUCGGUGAUAAAGAAUUAGUCGCUCGAGGAACUUUGUUUAGCGAGUGUUCUUUUAUUUCAUAA